AUGGAUGGUGAUGAGAGAGUGAACCUGACACCUGCACAGCAGGUGGAUCAGAAUGGAGUGGUAACACCCUUGUUGCAUCCAAGACAGAGGAAAAACCAGGUUCAGUACCAGUUGAAACAAGUUAUAGGGAAGGGCUCGUAUGGAGUAGUUUAUAAAGCUAUCAAUAGGAAAACUGAACAGGUUGUGGCUAUCAAAGAAGUUACAUAUGAUGACGAUGAAGAACUUACGGACAUCAUGUCAGAGAUCGGACUUUUGAAAAAUCUGAACCAUAUCAAUAUUGUCAAGUACCAUGGGUUCAUUAAGAAAUCGCAUAACCUUUAUAUUAUUCUGGAGUACUGUUCUCAUGGAUCUCUGAAAAAUGCCAUAUCGAGGGGCAAAGGAAUUCCUGAAUCAAAGGCAAAGGUGUUUGUGAAGCAGACUCUGAAUGGCUUGCGCUAUUUGCAUGAGCAGGGUGUAAUUCAUAGGGAUAUCAAGGCCGCUAAUUUGUUGUUGGAUGCCAAUAACGUGGUCAAAUUGGCUGAUUUUGGGGUGUCGACGAAGGUCAGUACUAUGUCGAUGGCAAUGACUCUGGCGGGUUCGUUAAAUUGGAUGGCUCCAGAGAUUAUCGGCAACAGAGGUGCCUCCACGCUGAGUGAUAUAUGGUCUCUGGGGGCAACAGUACUAGAGUUGUUGACUGGGAGUCCGCCGUUUCAUAACUUGGUGGAUGUUAAUAUUUACUACGCGAUUGAGAAUGAUACCUUUAUACCACCUGUAUCUUUGUCCCAGGAUGCGCAGGAGUUUUUGCUCAACUGCUUCCAAAAGAACAUGUACAAGAGACCAACGGCGGCUCAGCUGCUGAAACAUAAAUGGCUAUCAAAUACGGAUGCAGAUCGGUUGGAGCUCUUCAGAGAAGAAUGCGAGGAUUUCAAUUAUCGGUGGGAUCAUGAUUUCAAAGACUCCACCAUCCUGAAUAACCAUACCACAGAACAGUCCAAAUUGACGUCCCAUGAUUACAUAAAUGAUUGUGGUAAGCAAACGAUUUUGAAGUCACCGGAAGGACUGUUGAAAGCUAACAAUACUUCCGCACUCUCCGAUGACGAUGUGAAAACAAUAUUCGAUCAACUAGGUGUCGAGAGUAUUUAUUUAAAGAUAAUGGACCACGUUGGAGAAAAUCCCGAACUACUUUCAAUACUUUUACGGUUUGAUAGAAAAUUUUACGCAUCUGAUUUGAAGAGAUAUUUUAUGAAGAUGGGAGGUAUUGCAACAGUAUUGGAUAAAAGUGACAUUAUUGCAGAGUUUUUUUUGAAAGAUGAGUACAAAACACUAAUUCAAUGCGGAAUUCUUCGGAAAGAUAACUUGGAGAAGCUUGACGAUUCUAUAAAGCUCGAGCUUAUUUUCAGGCUUCUGGAGGUCUCUGGAUCGGUUUCAUUCUGGUGUAGUUGGUGUUCACAGAAUCUCAGUGUUGCGACUUUGAUAUCUAAUCUUCAGAACAAAUACGCUCAGUCCAUCAUACUUAAACUGUCUUUGUUGCAGGAAAGCUCAAGUUGGUUUCACGAACAGCUUAUAGAUAGGCUCACUCGACUCGAAAAUGUGGCGGCUCUGGAUCAACAAUUAAUAUCAUUCCUUUUCAAAGCAUUAUCGUCGAUUCUCAUCAAAUCACGUAGGUCUUCCCCCUCCUCCACAACCGGAUCGCUUUCAUAUUCCCCAACAUCGUCGCAGACGUCAAUGAAUUCGUUGGCAUCUACACUCUCUAAGCCAGUUUCUUCUUCAGCUCAAGGUAAUCCACUAAUUUUACCGCCGAAACUUCUUCCUUGGCUUUUGGAUUUACUGAAUGAUGACAUUUUCUAUAACAUGAAGAAUUUGCAUCUGUGGAAAUAUUAUUUUCUGGUCAUACAUCAUUCGACACAUCUCGAUAAAGUACGCUUAAACAGAUUACUCCAUUCUCAAAAGUUUCUUCAGCUAAAUUGGCGACUACUUUAUGUGAAAGACGACCCCAGUUUUUUUCACAAAGAAUGCCAAGGUCCUGUUGUUCAGUUAUCCCUGUCAAUCAUCACUGAGUUAUCUCUUGAGAUGGAUACGUUCAACCCACUUUUACAGCAUCUCGCUCUGACGUUUCUCAGAUAUGAUGAUGAAUGCAUUGCGGGGGGGUUAGAAAUUUUGUUCAAUCAUUUGCAAUUUGCAUUGCACCACAAUUUCAAGGUUAUUCGGACUAUCAAGGGCUUUUCGAUAAUAGCUCCAAAUAUAGGAAAGUCGGCUUCCGCGUUUUCACCAAAAGAAUUCAGUAAUAUCCUAGAAUAUCAGGAACUGAUAAAUCCCUUCUUCAGUAUCCAUGAAGAUAAUCUACAAUUUGGAAACUUCAUCGCAAAGUUCAUCAAAAUUUAUUCUUUAGGUCCUUUUGAUGCUGCUGCAAUGAGCAUUGUUCUGGAUUCAGACUUCGCUAAGAGAUCUAUUCUUUUUUUCGAACAAUACUGCAACAGUUUGUUAAUUCAAAUUGACUUACUGAAAUUCAUUAAAUUGGUGUUCAGUAGAGCUUUGGAAUAUUUCGAGUUUAAGAAAAGAUCCGGCGAUCCGCUAAACGACGAUGUCCUUAAAUGCAUUCUGAUGAGAUUGCAAGAAAUGAAUGUAUUCCUUGAGAAUAACUGGAAUAGUCAACAGCCCGGGCAGGUCGGCUGUGAUUCGAUUCUGAUUCACCAAUUAUGUCAUGAUAUUCAGGCUCUAUCGUUGCAGACUCCGUCUUCGCUCUCGGCUACGCGAAGCUCAGCGUUUGAUCUAGACACAACCGCUGAUUAG